UCUCGCACACGCACUCACCCGCAGUUGGUAGACGGAAACAGCAGUUGAAAGAUUAAAAUUCGCUUAAUUGACCUUCGGUUCAUUUAUAGUCAUCAGUGAACGACCUAUUUGUUAUCAACCUUUAUUGUGACGCUUUUUAAAUUAGAUAAGUCUACUUAAACAAAAGAGUGUGUUGUCUGUUUCUUUUCGAAUAAAUGAGUUUUCUUUACUAUACGUAGUCCCAGUCAGUGUCGUCGCAAACCUAUCGAUUGAUCGAUUGCUGCUAUCGGUUCCGAAGUCAUUCGUAACUUCCUAUAGUAGAGGAAAAUGAGAUUAUUUCGAGUGCUCCUAUUGCUUCUGUUCAUCUCCGUUGCUUACGGAACCAUGUUCGGAAAUACGGUGAAACUAAUCAAAGACCUCAAAAACAAACUACGCCGCAGAACAGAAACACGUUUCGAGAAGAAGCUUUCGCCGGUAAUUUUCGUACCUGGCGAUGGCGGCAGCCAGAUGGACGCUAUCCUGAACAAACCGGACAACGUACAUUUUUACUGCCAGAAAUCAACCGACACCUAUUUCAAUCUAUGGUUGAACAAAGAACUGCUGGUACCGUUUGUUAUCGACUGCUGGAUCGACAAUAUGCGUUUGUUGUACAACCGAACGACGCGCAAAACGGAUAAUUCACCGGGCGUUGUGACACGUAUUCCCGGCUUUGGUUCGUCGGAAACCGUCGAGUGGAUCGAUCCGUCCCAUGCCAGCGAGGGUGCAUAUUUCGUCAACAUCGGCAAUGCUCUAGUGCAAAACGGCUACAAACGAGAUGUUUCUAUCCGGGGAGCCCCGUAUGAUUUUCGAAAAGCUCCAAAUGAAAACAAGGAAUGGUUCAUCAAACUGAAACAUCUAGUCGAGGAGACGUACGACUUGAACGCCAACACGCCGAUCACGUUUAUCGUCCACAGUAUGGGCGCUCCGAUGACAAUGCUAUUUCUGCAAAUGCAAAGCCAAAGUUGGAAGGAUAAGUAUAUUCGGCGAAUUAUUUCCCUCGCCGGAGCUUGGGGUGGUAGUGUUAAAGCACUAAAGUGCUUCGCCAUUGGGGACGACUUGGGAGCAUUUGCUUUAAGCGGAAAAGUGUUGCGAGCAGAGCAAAUAACCAAUCCAUCACUUGCGUGGUUGCUGCCGAACCCCUUGAUCUGGAAGCCAAAUGAAGUGAUAGUCAAAUCGCUGUCCAGAGUAUACACUAUGGAACAGAUGGAAGAUUUUUUCGAGGAUAUCGACUGGACAGACGGUUGGGAAAUGCGAAAGGACGCACUACCGUAUGUGUUGAAUUUUACCGCUCCCGGAGUUGAAAUACACUGUCUUUACGGAACGAAGGUCAAUACUGUUGAAAGUCUUGAUUACCAAAAGACGUAUGAUUUGUCUGGUAAACCUACUCUUAUAUAUGGAGAUGGUGAUGGAACCGUUAAUAGACGGUCGUUGGAAGCAUGUAAACAUUGGAAUGGACAGCAGAAACAACAGAUUUAUUUACGAGAGUUUCCAGGUUCUGAUCACAUGUCUAUCUUAGCAGAUUUGAGGGUAUUGGACAGCAUUGUCAAAGUGCUGAUGUACGAUUAGACGGAUAUUACAACGUAUGGCGUACGUACUAGUUCCAAAGUGAGAAUAUGAGACUUGGAGUGCUCUUUAUCCAACAGUUUAAGACGCUUCAAUAGGUUUUAUUUUUUAGUCCCCUUUUAGUAAAUAAUUGAUCUUUAUGGGGCUUGCCCACUGCAAUAAUUGUAAUGAAAAACACUCAACGUAAGUAAGACCGGAAAAGAUCAACUCAGUCAAUGAUUUAACGGUCUGCACCACGAUAUUAUUUUAGUUUUUCACGCUGAAUAAAGAAAUUUACAGACAAAUGACACAUCGGUGUGAA